GUGGACGACGGAGUCGUGCUUCGCCGCGUCCGGGAGGCCAGGGAAGACCUGCGCGUUUCUGACUUCUGGAGCUCAGCGCUGGAAACCAUCAGCACAUGUCUUAAGAAACAUCUGGAACAGCUGGAUGCCCCUGUGGGGGCUCUCUCGGAAGCCAUUGGAAGCCUGCACCUAGACUCCUCACCAGGUGACUUGGGGGCGGCUCCGGGCUCCAUCCCGGGAGAGACCCCGGUCCCGGGGACCAGCGGCUGGAAGUGUGUGUGCUACGGCAUUGGGAGCUUCGCCACCUGCGCCAUCGCUAGAAGCCAGCUCGCCUUCUUGCUUCUCUUCCUGGAAAAGUGCCAGAUUCCCAGAAGUCACUGCUGGGUGUAUGACCCUCUGUUUAGCCAACUGGAAAUUGCAGUUCUUACCACCCUGGGGGUGACUGUCCUCGGUGAGAACGAGGAAGGAAAGCGGAGUGUGCGUGGCGAGCCCACCGUCUUCUACAUGCUGCACUGCGGGACGGCCCUGUACAACAACCUUCUGUGGAGCAACUGGUCAGCUGAUGCCCUUUCCAAGAUGGUCAUCAUCGGGAACAGCUUCAGAGGCCUGGAGGAAAGGUUGUUGACAAGGAUUCUGCAGAAAAACUAUGCCUAUGUUGCAAAGGUUUUAGAAGGACUGGAGGAGCAGGCGUUUCCCCAGACGGCACAGUACUCGGACGUGUUUAAUGACACCUCUGUGCACUGGUUCCCAGUCCAGAAGCUAAAGCAGCUCCCCACGGACACGUGGACAUCUCCGGAAGAGCCAGAUUACCGGGACUGCGAGGACCUCGAGAUCAUCAGGAAGCAGGCAGGUGCCUCAGCUUCCGGCCCAACGGGCUGUGAUGUAGGAAUUGCUGGCGGAGGCAACUGCACCGCCGGGAUUCGGGGGUGGCCAUGUGGGGGCUGCAGGGACUCUGUCCUCCCAGGGCCAGUUCUGGAGAGAACAGGAGGCCCUCAGCCUGGCUCUCGAGGGGAGAGGAGAUGUGCUGUGGAAGGACUUGGUGUCCCUCACAUCCCUUAUCGCACUCCACAGCCUUCCUCGGGGACCUGGCUGGUGGGGAGAACCUACUGAAUAGAGAAGUGACUCUU